AUGUCAAGUGAUGUUAGCUUAGUGAAACAGAGUGAAUUAACUAGCGAAAAUGUUAAAUAUCAAUUUCUGGCGAGUGUUUGUGUAAACGUUAUAGUGCUCGCUCAAGGCUGCUCAGCGGGAUGGAUGUCACCCUCCUUACCCGUCCUUCUUUCGGAAGAUUCACCCCUAGCCAGUGGAAAAUUGACUUUGGAAGCAGCUAGUUGGAUUGGAUCUUUGUUCGCUCUAGGAGCUGCCGUCGGUGUAAUCAUUUUUGGUACGUUGUCUUUGUUCAUUGGUAACAAAAGAUCACUGCUACUGUGUGCGUUUCCGAUUACGAUAUUUUGGUUUACAGUUAUUUAUGCACAAAAUCCAUGGCAUUUGUCAUUUGGUAGGUUCACGACUGGACUGACUGGAGGAGCUUUCAUUUGCAUUCAACUCUUCGUAGCGGAAAUAGCCGAUCAUAGAAUUCGUGGCGCCCUAGCAUCACUUCUAACUUUAAACUUCAACAUUGGAAUCGUCUUCGGAUACAUAACUGGUGCAUAUUUACAAUGGUUUUCUCGAUGUGUUGUCUUGAUGGUAUUCCCUUUCAUAUUCUUUGUCUUGUUCAGUUUUAUACCGGAAUCGCCCCAAUAUUUCUUAAAAAUUGGACAAACUGAGAAUGCCGAACGAUCGCUAAGAUUUUACAGAAAUUGCAAAGUCGGUUCGGACAACGAAAUGGAACUGCAGAAAGAACUAGCAAAAUUGAUAGAAAUUGCCGAACGCAAUAAAUGUGAAGAAAAGGUGAAAUUGAAAGAUUUUCUCAAUCCAGUGUCCAUGCGCGCAAUGCUAAUCGGACCUAUUCUUAUGGCAGUAAGCCAAUUCAGCGGCACAUUUACACUAGUUAGCUAUGGUGCGACCAUAUUCGAAGAGUCCGGCUCAACUAUGAAUCCGAAUUUAUCGACAAUAAUUUUGGGCUGCUUACAAAUCGCCGGUACGAUCAGUACGUACUUUUUAAUCGAUCGCAUUGGCCGAAAACUAUUGCUGACAAUAUCGUGUAGCGGAGCGGCGAUAGGACUGAGUGUUAUGGGAAUCUAUUGCUACUUGAACAAACAUCAAUCGAAUAUUGAUCUGUCUCAGUACAAUUGGAUUCCAGUCGUCACUCUAUCGUUUGUGAUUUACAUUAGUUCCAUUGGUAUCAUACCCGUACCGUACAUUAUCAUAUCGGAGGUGUUACCACAAAAGAUCAAACGCAUCGGCGGACCAAUUUGCAUGUCGUCAGUAAGUGUCUUUGCAUUCAUAAUGCUGAAAGUAUUUCCGUCGCUAAUGCUGGGAUUAGAUUUAUACGGUUGUAUGUUCCUGUUUUCGGCUGUUAAUGUGUUAGGAAUUAUUUUUACCAAAGUGGUUGUUCCUGAGACAAAGGGUCGAAAUUUAGAUGUUUUGGAUAGUCCAGCAGACCAAAAGGAACGGUCGGAAUGUGAUUUGUACAUAACAAGAUUGUAGAAAUAAAGAUUUUUUUAAAUAA